AUUUUAUAAUUUUACUUAAAAAAAAAACAAAAAUAUUUUUGUAUUAAUGACAUGUUAAAUUUGGAAAACAAUACAUCAUGCACAUGUAUACACGCACGAACACACACAUUCAACGGUCACACCUCAGAGGCUAUAAAAAAAGGUUGCUUUUGCUCUAUUCUCAGAAUCAAAUCAGUCUUCUUCUUCAUCUAGAACUGUAACACAAAACACAGAGAGAGAGAGAGAGACAUUUAGCAAAAUCAAAGUUUCUAAAUUUUCCAGUUUAAACCCAUUUCUCAAAACGCAAUUUCAGAUAUACCCGUUUCAUAGUUUCUUCAAAAGGUUUCAUUUUGUUAUAUGGGUCUCUGUUUUCUCGGAACCUUAACAACUAUGAAGAAGCUUCGAGGUUUCAAGAUUGGACACAGGUUCGUCAAGAUCUUCAAAUGGAUAAUCCGAAGUAGAAGAAUCCAAACCGGGAAACGCCAAUGCCUGACCGGAAUUCUCAACCCGGUUACAAAAAUCUACUCUUUAGCACGGCGGUGUAUCCGUCGUGGAGCCAAUAGACUGUGCGGAGGAAAGAAACAAGUUCAACUUGGUAACGAACCGAAGACGCCGUCAGUUCCAAAAGGGCAUUUAGUGGUUCAUGUCGGCGAGUCCGGCGAUGAUACACGGCGCGUGGUGGUUCCGGUGAUUUACUUUAACCAUCCUCUGUUCGGAGAGUUGUUGGAGCAGGCGGAGCGGGUUUACGGGUUUGAUCAACCGGGUCGGAUUACGAUACCUUGUCGGGUUUCGGAUUUUGAAAAGGUUCAGAUGAGGAUCGCCGCAUGGGAUCAUUGAAGAGAAAUUUUAAGAUUCUCUAAUUCUACCUUCAUUCUUUUUUUUUUUUUUUUUAAUUACCAGAGAAAAAAAGAGUCAUAUGUCAAGUUUGUGUGAAUAUUACGUUUGUAGGUUAUACACAUUAUACA